AUGUCUGCCUCCCUGGGUGGCGUCGUGAACCCGUACCUAGCAGCCGGGGCCGCGAUCCUCUUCGCCCUCAUCCUCACCGCCCUGAAGCCAAGGAAACAGCAACAACUCCCACCGGGAACGGCCCUCCCGCCGGGCCCGCAGCCGAAGCCCCUCAUCGGUAAUCUCCUGUCCAUCCCCCCGGUACACUCGUGGCUUGCCUUCCACGAACUCAUCAAGGAGCACGGCCCCAUCGUCCGACUCUCCAUCCCGGGCCAGGAGCACGUCCUACUCGGCACCGAGACCGCCGCCAACGACCUCCUCCGCCAGCGCGGGAACAUCUACAGCGACCGCCACUAUGCGCCGGCGUCAUCGCACCUCCUCACGGACGACCACAUGCUGCUGCUGCUCCCGUACGACGAGCAGUGGCGCAAGUACCGGCGGUUCCUGCACCAGGUGACAAUGUCCCCGGUCGCCCCGCUCUACGAGACGGAGCAGAAGAUUGAGGGCAUCCGCCUGCUGCGCGACUUGCUCCGCGACCCCAGCGACUACGAGGCACUCUUUGAGCGAUUCAGCGUCGGCCUGGGCCUACGCAUCAUCUACGGCCUGCGGCUGGAGAGCGGACAUGACCGGGACGCCAGGAUGAUUCUCGACAUCGUCCACGAGCUCGAGCGCGUCGGGUCGCCUGGAGCGUACUUGGUCGACCUGUUCCCGUCGCUCAUGUACGUGCCUGAGUGGCUCGCGCCCUGGAAAAAGUACCUCCGCGCACGACGCCGGCGCGAUGAGGAUUUCUUCCACGAGCUCAUCGACCGCAGCAAGUCGCCGUCGUGGGCGCGAAACUGGCUCGAGACGAAAGAGCAGUGGGGCCUCACGCGGCGCGAAGCGAACUGGAUGCUUGGGUCCGUGUUCCAGGCCGCAGCCACAACCUCUGGGUCGGCGCUCGCGUCAUUUGUGUUGUGCAUGGUGCGGAACCCUGGAUGGUUUGAGAAGCUUCAAAAGGAGGUUGACUCAGUCGUCGGGCCCGACAGAUUACCCACCUUCACCGAUAUUGCGGCGCUGCCUCUCGUGAGAGCGUGCGUCAAGGAGACGAUUCGUGUCUACCCCAUCACCGCCGGAGGAUUCCCCCAUCGUUUGACGGAAGACGAUACUUAUAACGGCUAUUUCCUCAAGAAGGGAACUGUGGUGCAUGCUGUGCAGUGGGCUAUCCAGCGAGACCCGGAGCAGUAUCCCGACCCUGAAGUCUUCAACCCCGAUCGCUGGUUGGAUCCGUCGUUCCCGACGUACAAGGAGCCUCUGACGCAGUACCCCAACCUGCAGAACUACUCGGCGUUCGGCCACGGCCGAAGAAUCUGCCAGGGUAUCAACAUUGCCGAGAGGAGUCUCAACCUUAAGAUUGCGAUGCUGGCUUGGGGUUGCAACGUCAACAGAGCCAAGAAUUCUGCCGGAGAGGAGAUGAUACCCCCCGUUUACAAUUUUGUGGAGGGUUUUAACGUCCAGCCAAAGCACUUUGAUUUUGAUCUGAAACCGAGAAGCCCUGAGAGAACGGAGCUGAUAGAGAAAGCGUAUGAGCAGUCACUGAAGGACGAUCCCCUCCUACAGUAG